AACCAAACUAUAGUCUAUAAUAGAUAAUAAAUUGUUCAAUUAAUAUUUUUCGUGAUUUGACAUUAUUAAUUUUUUAUUAUAAUACUUUCCUAUCAAUAAAAUCAAUCAACAAUAUUCUCGCUGUGUUUUAAAUCCAAAAAAUUAACAAAAAUCAUCAUCAUUUUUUGUGUUUCUUUACUCAAGGUGACGUGAUUUAGAUAUUAGUGUGUUAGCUUUUCUAGCCUGAAAUUUUGUUUGUUAUUAAACAAUUUAUUGAUGAUGUUAUUAUAUAAAUAAAUUUAACAAUAUCAGGUGUAAAUAAUGAAUAAAAAAGAAGGAAGAUUUAGAAAUGAUGGUACGGAUCGUUCACGUAAAGGAUCAAAAAAUAUAAAAAACACAAAUGAAGAUGUACAAAGAGCAAUUGAAGGACUAAAAGGAAUUCCUGAUGAUGAACUUCAGGAAUUUCUUGAUGAUGAAGAAUUACAGGGUCUUGAUGUUGUUGAUGCUUGGGAGGGUGAUGAGGAGCAAGUAGAACAACGAGGAAAUAGAGGUCGUCAUCAACGUAGAAAUUCUGGUAAUCGUAAUCGUCGUGGUGGUCGUAGAGGAGGUUUUGGUAAUCGUAAUCAAGGUUUACGUGAUAAACAUGAAGAUAAAAAACGUGAAGAUGCACGUAGAGAUCCAUCAAAAAGUUCAAAAGAUAUUGAACGUGAUAAAAUGCGUGCACGUCGUGAUAAUGAAACAAAAAUACUUGCUGAAAAAGAAAAAGCUAUUAAAAAUUUACUUGAUUCAGAUACAGUUGUACCACCUGGUACUGAAGUUGAAGCUAUUGAAACAUUUGAUAAACAAAUACAAAAUAAUCGUAAUAAUCGUGAGCAUAAUCGUAGCUCUGAUCGUCAUAGAAAUCAAAAUUCAAGUCCAUUUUUUCGUAGAAGUCGUGGUAGUCCACGUGGAAGAGGAAGAAAUACAUUUUUUAAUACACCAGAACGUAGAAGAAGAACAAGUUGGGAUAGAAAAAGUAGUUUAGAUCGUCGUGAACGUAGAAUUAGUCCUGAUAGACAAUUUAGAAGACGAAUUGAUGAACGUGAAUUUAGAUUAAAUCGUCGAAGUAGAUCAUCUAUACGUAGCAGAAGUCGUGAUCGUUCACGUCGCCGUUGGAGUAGAUCUCCAAUUCGUGGUAGUGGUCAUGGUGAUUCACGUCGUCGUAGUAUAAGUAAAUCACCAGAAAGACGUAGAAAACGUUCACCAUUUCUUCAUGAAAUAGCUAGACAACUCAAUAAUGAUGCUCUCUUAUCUGGAAAUAUUAAUAAUCAAGGUUUUAAUCAACAAAUUCAACCACUUAAUAUUCAACCACCACCACCACAAAAUCAUCAUGGUAAUUUACAAUUACCACCACAUCAUUAUGGUCAUCCAGAACCAAUGGUGGGACCAUAUUCAGUACCAUUUGAACCUCAACCACCUGUACAACCAGUUAUGAAUUUUGAACAAAUACAUCGACCAAUUCAUCAACAUAUGGAUUAUAAUCCACCACCACCACAACAACAACAACCACCAAUACAAGCACCACCACAACAUGUAUUAUUUAAUCAAAUGCCACAAAUGGUAAAUGAUAAUCACGUAUAUCAAGCACCAGUUUUAUUACCAACACCUAAUAUACCUCAACCAGUACCAGCACCAAUGCAAACUGAUCAAUUUAUACAACAUUCUUCAACACAUGAAUUACCACAACCAUCACCAGAUUCCAAUAGAAGAAUUUCAGAUGAACAUAGAUAUCGUGAUGAUUUUAAUAAUGAAAAAAAAAUGAGACGAGAUAGAGGUGUUAGACAUAAUCGACUUGUCACACCAGAGCCACCAAUCAUUUCAGAAAAAAAAUUAUAUGAAAAAACCAGUUUAUCCAGUCUACUUGAAGCAUCUGUAUUAGCUAAAGGUUUUAAACCAGAAAUAAUAAAAAAUUGUGAACAAGCAUUACGUGAAUUACCAGAUGAAGAUCAUCGUUUACGUAUGAAAGGACGUUUUUUUUAUGAUUCAAAAAGUGAAGAUGAAGAAAUACCAAAACAACCUGAAUAUUUAUCAAAUUCAAUACUUUUAAAUAAAAAUAAAACUCAUUCAUUAUGGUUAACAAAUGAUAAAAAAAUUGAUUCAUUAAAAAAUACAAUUGAAACACAUCAAAAAUAUUGUCAAACUGAAAUUGAAUAUAAUGAUAUAUCAGUACAAACAUCAAUUGAAAUGAUUGAUUUUUGUGUACAAGUAUGUCCAGGUGAUUUAAGAUUAUCACCAUUAAGAGAAGAUAAACGUCCAAUAAUGGAUCGUCUUGAUUGGAAUGUUAGAGAACAUAAUGAUUAUGUACGUGAAGUUGAUGAUUUAAGAUGGAGUUUAUCAUCAAAUCCAAAACGUUCAUAUAAAAGAACAUUAUCACCAGAUGAUGAUAUUGUUAGACAAAAUAUUACUGAUAUUAGUCAGCAUAAUUUUAUUGAUAUUAAUCGUCAUAAUAUUGAUAAUAAUAACUUUAAUCAAGAUUUAGAAAGACCAAUUAGAGAUGGUUUAUCACCAAGUCCACAUGAUUAUCGUCCACAUUCACCAUUACAUAAUCGUAAUGAUACAUUUGAUGACAGUCCAUACAGAUCAAAUUAUAAUCAGCAUAAUAAUGAUAGAUAUUCACCAAAUUUUAGAAGAAAUAUUGAUAAUUAUGAUGAUAAUAUUAGUCAACAUAGUCGUAAUAGAAGUCCUGAUAUUAUUGAAGAACGUAAUGAUCAUCAUCGUCAUGGUGAUGAUGAUGACGAUGAUGAUGUACAAGUUUUAGAUGAUGAUAUAUUUACAAGAGAAUCAAAUUGGCGUGAACGUGGAUCAAGUAAGACAUUUGGCAGUUUAACAAAUUUAUCACAUAAAUCUAGACCAUCAAGAGGUAAAUUUACAUCUGGAAGAAGUUUUCGUGCACGUGGAAAUAGUUAUCGUGGAAGAUAUUAAAACAAAUUUAAAAAAAAAAAAUAUAUAUUGUUUAUUUAUUACUUGCAUAAUAAUUAAUUAUGUCUGUAAUAUAAUUAUUAUUAUUUUUUUUUGUUUUAAAAUUUUUGAAAUGAUAAUAUUUAUCUAUCCGUAAGAUGAGCUAUGUGCAAAUGUUCAUAAUUGAACAACCAAAGGUUUUUUAAUUGUUGAUUUUUGUUUAAAAUACAAACUGAAAAUACACUCAUAUUUUUUUUCAGUCUGAAUAUUUCUUUUAUUAUUAUUUUUUUUUUUUUAUAUUUAUAUGUGUAUAUCAUGUAGACAUUUAAUUAAUUUACAUAGUUUGUAUAUAUACAUAUUUUGAUUGAUUAAAGGAAAAUUUAAUUGGGCUAAUUUUCUACACAAUUGAUUGACUUUAUAUAUAGAUAAAAUAACAUCACGCUAAUUUUUAUGAUGCCCAAUGAUCAAAUUUAAUAUAUAAGUUUUUGUUUUUACAUUAAACUACAAUUAAAAUACAGCUUGUU